CGAUCUUUGACUACAACAUGGGAGAAAUAUUCAUAUUUCCUAAUCCUCGCACUCAAGACGACUGCACUGUAUCUCUACUGAACACCAACAAUACCUUUGCAAGGUUCUUUUUUGGCGUCGUCCCUGGUCCCAACAAUACCGUUCACAUUGGCCCUCCUUCUGCACUCUUUGGUCUUAAUAAUACUGUUAAUUACACGUACAUGGGUAUCCGUUUUGCUAGAGGUAUUCCAUGCCAUCACUGGUGGACGUGCACAAAUCGUGAGAAUGCAUCCUUUACCCUGGAAUAUUAUUUCACUGAUAGUGAUCUAUGGACGGCCCCCUACCCUCAAGAUGAUGGAUAUGGAUAUGUACCAGUCCUUGUAGAGUUGCAUGGAAAUAUCACUGAUAGGAGGACGAGAGAGGAAAGGAUGACUCAUCAUCAUUAUAAUUUUCUUGAUUUUAGAUCUGGGCCCGAUGCUGUUCCUGACUCUGCUUUUAAUGUACCGUUUGAUCUCGUGUGUAAAGGGCGUCUCCCCGGGCAGCCAUUACCUCAGUUUCCUGAUGUAUUUUCAUUUAACGCUGAGACAGUUUAUGAUGGAACAGCGGCUUCAACUCAUCAGGAAUAUUACGAUUACACACACCAAUUGUUUCGUGUUGACGGUUACACAUCUAUGAAGUCACCUAACUCUGAUAUUGGACCUUUCUCAACUGUUCACGACUUCCAAACUGGAAUCCAGUACUUUUUACCACAGAUUAAUGGAACCUGUAGCAUGCAGCCCCUCAAUGACGAUAACACUGUAUUUGAUUCUACUCGUGAUGAGUCUGGGCAUUUUCACUUGAGGAAUGUUAGUAGUUUUCUUUUAUUUGGUUCGCCCGAUCAGUUUGUGUAUGAAGGUGUUACUACUGUUCGUGGUAUGAUGGUUGAUGUGUGGCAGUCUUACCGCGAUCAACAGACCAUUUAUAAAGGUAACUUCACUAGCGUUACUUACAUGCUCUACAUAACAAAGCGUGGAAUGACUCAUACUGACUCAGUAUUUGGUAAUACUUCAGAUCCUGUGUUAGUACAAACUAAAUUCUCUGCUGUACUGAAUAUACCUGGCUAUGGAACUAGAAAUUUGUCUACAGUUUCUAGUGUUUUUGGUAUGUCAUUUUCUGAGUCUCCACUAGAUGUCUUUGCCACUCUCUCUUGUUUCUCACCUUCCGAUUAUCGUAUGGUCCAGUUCCGUUUACCAGUCAAUGUAAACCCAGCUAAUCAGGCAUUGUUUAGGUCUAAUGUUCGUUCAGCUUUUAUCAAAUAUGCCGACAGCGCUGGCAUGUCUUUUGUAUCUCCACUGCAAGUCAACACUAUACAGGUUGACACUCAGAGCAUUCCUAAUGCUACUGUGGUUUCAUUAUAUAUCACUAAUGUCCCUCCUAAUGCUACUCAACAAUGGACUUCAACUCCUCAGGCAUUUGUCUUUAGACUACUUGGAGGACUCAGCAAUGGAGACAACCUUCCAUUCACUAUAAUGUUUGAUGGUUCUCCAGUUAUUAAUGCACAGCCAGUCUAUUAUAUUGACACCAUAGUUCCUUCCAACUGCCCUGCUCCUACUACUGCUACUGUUACUGCUACUGUUACUGCUACUACAACUGUAUAUGUUACUGCCUUAGUUUCCCCUAGCAGUUCUAAUACUCCCUUGCCUAUUUGGGCAGGUAAUAUUGGAGCAAUAGCUGGUGCUGGAAGUGGUUUGCUAAUAUUUGGUUUGAUCGUUGGUGCCUUAGUUACUCUUGUAUUGUGUUGUAUCUUGCAACGCUGCAAGAGCACUGGCGGCUAUAGUCCACUAGUUGCUAAAUACGAGUGAACUAUAUAUUCCUAUGCUUCUGUAUUGUUGUAUUUAUUAGUUCCUUAUUGUCUCCCUUUUUGUGCCCUAUUUUGAUUUCUGCAGUAAUUAUCUUUUUAAAAAAAUUUUUGCUGGUGCAUAAUUUUAUUUUUUAUGUAAAAAGAGAUUUGUACUUGCGAUGGCAUUGUUAAACUAUUG